UAAUCGUGUUAGGGUUUAAGGCGUUGUCGGUCACUCUCUAAAGUAAAUCUCUUUGAGGUUUAUGCAACUGUCAAGUGUCAAGACUCUCGCUUUAUGGAAUAGAGUCAAAUUUGGAUUAAUUUCUUUUGAAUGGAUUCUACUGAUGAUGAUUUCGGUGACUUGUACGUUGAUGAUGCCAAGGUUCAGGCCAGUGAUGCUUCCGCCGACGAUGUAGGAUUCGUAAAAUCGUGCAAAGAAUCGGAAUGUGCUACGAAUUCCAGCGAUUUUGAAGGGACGGUAAAACCUGAUUUGGAAGGUGAAAUGAAGAAAUUUGAUGUUGUUGCUAAGGAUUCGAGUCCGUGUGACGACGAUUGUGCUGUGAAUCUGACUGAGGCCGAUGAAGAAUUGGAAUUUAGUGACAGUGAUAGUGAUGAUGAUUUGAAUAUAGUGCUCAAAGACGACGAUUCUAAACCCCUUCCUGCUGCUUGUGUCUUUAACACCAACUAUGGCGGAUCCAAAGCUUGCUCGUUUCAGAGACGGUGGACUAGAAACGCUUCAGCUAAUAACGCUUGCAUUGAUCCGUCUUUAGGAAUGUCUCAAUAUGGAUAUAGUUUCUCAAACCCUUGGUCCAGGACACCUUUUGACGUAAAUUUCGAUGUGUUUGAGAAGAAGCCAUGGAGGAAUCCUGGUAUGGAUACUACUGACUUCUUUAAUUUUGGCUUGAACGAGCAAAGCUGGAAAGAUUACUGUAAACCGUUGGGAAGAGCAAUUGAGGUUGGAGGUGGAACUCUUGAGCGAAUACCUUCUGCAGAUUUGCGUCGUCCACGUGAUUCAGACCCUGGCGUGGUGAUACAGAUCCUUGUUACUAAUGAUGUUGAGGAGCUAUCAAUCAUGACACCUGAGAGAGCAAGGUGCAUAACAUCAAAUGAAGCAUCUAGAAGUGACGAUUCUCAUUCAAAUGACAGGAAUGAUUUGAAUUCAGUCGAUGAUUCUCCAAAAGAUGAAGCUUUUGUGGGCUGUCAAGAAAAAAACGCUGCAAGUUUCAGUGGCGAGAAAUCUCCUCCAACAGAGAAUUGCUGCAGUAGGGAAGUGACACCUAGUGAUAAGGAAAUGCUCGAGGAGGAGAAAGAAGAGGGUUUUUGCAAUUCUGAUGAGACGGAUCCAUCCUCAGUGGAGAGGGAAUCAUCUCUUGGAGAUCGCAUUCGUUUGAGCCCUACCUCUUCUUGCUCUGCUGGUAAAAAUGAGGAAUCUGAUGAUUAUGAAACAGAGUCAUUGAAAGACAGUGCUACUGAUGACCAACGUGAAGUCAGUACCCCACCACAACAAGCUAGACUUGCAGAACAUGAAGCAAUUAGUAUCAAAAGAGGGGGAAAUAGUGGCACAAUGCAUUCUAGACCCAGAAGAUCUCACGAAGAUUCAAGCAAAAGGCACUGUGGGAGAGCUGGCUAUGCUGGCUAUGUUAAGGAUGCAUCGCCUACACCAGAUCCUGGUUGUGGCAAGAAAGUUCGUUCUCGACAUGGAAGUUUGUAUCGUGAUUCAAACAAAAACUGGCAGAAGGGACCACGUGUUACAUUAGAAAGGGAUGAAACUGAAGGUAAAGGCGUUCAUUACUAUAGAGAGAAUUGUCAUGGUAGAUUGUAUUCAUCUGUGGAUCAUGCUAAGCAUAGAAAGCACAGGUUUGGUUGGCGCAACAUCAAAGAAUCAUCACUGGGUCGAGGUUUUGAUCAUUCUAAUAGUUACAAGUGUGGGGCGCAUCCUAAAGAGUAUACCUCACGUUCAUCCUUCGAUCUUAAUCAGAGAAAUUCUAGAUCAAGUUUUAAAGAAGAGGAUGAUCGAUAUGGUUGGCAUCAUUGUGAAAGAAAAUAUGGUCAUGAAAGAAGUCCUGUCCGCGCCUACGAAAACUACAAAGAAAGAAAUGGGUGCAAUUGGCUAAGAGAACCUUAUUAUGAGGACUGUAUACCGAUUACUGGCAUGGAUUAUAGGUACCGGUCAGAUUACACUUCUGCACAUGCAAUACACAACCUCAAUCAGAGUCCAGAGAAUGAUAUUUAUUGCAGAAGAAGGGGUGGAUACGAUUCUAAUUUGCAUCGCCAUAGAUAUGAAGAUGUAGUUCACAGGGCAGAAAGUAGAAUUCCAUUUGAGCGGGCUUACAGAGAGGUGCGUUCUUUUGCUGAAGUGGAAAUGAGAGAAUAUCAAGGGUAUAAAAGGCAUGAGGAAUUCUCUGAAAUAGAGAAAAGACGCCAUUACACUCAUGAUUGGAAUCUUGAUAGAUUUGUCUCAGAGAAAGAUGAUUGUAAGUAUAGAACCCAAGAUGAUUGGUCCUCACCGUCUUUAUCUUUGAGAGAUUCUUGGUAUACCAAAGAAGCAAAAGGUGAUUUCUGGAGAGAUGAUGCUAGAGACUUUAGAACAGCUGAAGCAUAUGACAACCAGAAUAACCAGUUUCAUAAGGCUGCAACGAGAGAUGGUCGGACGCAGAAUCUUGGUCGUAGUGAUAAUGUGAGCAUAAAAGAUAGACUAAAGGAUGAUGAUGAUUGGGUUUGUCCUGAUAGAGGAAGAUAUAAUACGGCAGAUGACAUUCAAUGUUCAAUGAGAGAAGUUACUUAUUCUGGGCAUCCAUCAUAUACUGAUGAGAUAUUAGUCCGCGACCUAAGAAUACCAACACAUAAUCGAAUGGCUAUCAAACAAAGGUCUGAAUGUUUUAAGAGGCAUAUUCGUGAAAAUGAUGAGAGACAUCACAAAUCCAAGAAGCUGAGAGGAGAUGGGCAUUCUUUCAUCAAGCGUCAGGAUCCAGUUGACUUAGCUGGUAGGCAAGGAAAGCGCUCAAACCAAUCAAACAAAAGAUUCUCCAAUGGCGAGCAACAAGAUCUUCAAAAACCAAGAAAGUUAGUGGGCAAAAGCGAAGAGAAAGCUAUGCAGACUCGAGAUAUAAAUGACAAAGAAGAAGGCGAGAUCAUAGAAGAAGCGACGAACGUGAAAGGUGUAGAAAUAGACAAUGAGCGUAUACAAGAGAGCCUGAAGAAGAUGGAGAAACGGAGGGAGAGGUUCAAGGGAACCAAAAUGGCGAGGACGGUAGAAGCCACAUUCAAAUCUGAAACGGAAAGGAGAGCUAAAACCGAUGUUACUAAUCAACAGAGACCGGUUAGAAAGAGGAGAUGGUGUGCAAGUUAGAAGAUCAUAUUGGCUGGGCUGUUUCAGGUUAAGUCAUAAUAACGGUUUAUUGAUGGUAUAUGCUAUAUCUAAACCGAUAAAUUAAAGUGGAUGUGUUUUAAUCCGACAAAAGUCAGAAAACCGAACAAUUGACUGUGACCUGGUGAUCUUGCUUGUGCUUUUUGAUCCCUUGUAAGUUUUAACUAGAAGAUUUGACUUUAAUAUUUACAGUUUUGAGUA